AUGGAUUUCGGAUCGAAAUACGUUUAUAAAUACGAGCAUUCCUCAGAUGAGUCAAUAUCAGAUGAUGAAGACAAUCUUGUGAUCGCUCAACCUCCAGCAGCACCAUCCUUGGCCUUGACCAGUGAGUCCAAUGAAGCAAGAGCUGCUGUUGCUGCAACAAGCCAUGCAAAACGAAAGAAGCGUUUGCGAAAAGCUGAUACAAAUGUUUUAAAUGUUAAAUUCAAUCAAUUACUUCAACCAGGCGAGAUGCAUGCUGGUGACCCGGUCUAUUGCGCAGAUUGUCAUGCCAUUGCUUCACAUUUGAGCAAAGUCCAAAUGGGAGAAAAUCAAGAUGCCACGUGGCAAUGUGAAUUCUGUUCAAAAUCAAAUACAGUCGAUAUCGAACAAACAGAUUUGCCAAAAAAAGAGGAUGCUACAUAUUUAAUAUCGCCAGCACCUGUUGUCCACGGUUCCGAUAUGACUGGUGUGGACGAUUCGAUUGUGAUUUUUGUUGUUGACAUCAGUGGUUCGAUGUCAUCGACAACAACAGUGCCGGGAACAUUCCGACUACCCAAUGCAGCACAACUACAGGAUCGUGCUGCCGCUAAUUUCGAUGGUGAACGAAUGGUUCGCGAUCGUCAUCAAACAUAUGUUUCACGUUUGCAGGGCGUACAAAUGGCGGUUGAUGCAAAUCUAGAUAAACUUGCAAAAGAUGCGCCCACAAGACGUGCAGCUUUGUUAACAUUUAAUCAUGAAAUAACUUAUUAUGGUGAUGGCACACGCGCUGAACCAUUAGUCAUUCGCGGAGAUAAAUUAAAUAGUGCAGAUGAUUUAACACGUGAAGCUGAACAGGAACAAAAUAAUGAAUUGAAACCUGUGUCAGAGACGAAAACGAAUUUAACUCAGCGUGUGUACGACCUUGAAGAAGGUGGACAAACAGCUCUCGGUCCAGCUGUUCUCUUCGCUCUGAAUAUUGCAUCAAAACGGCAAGGAUCAAAAAUUGUUAUUUGCACCGAUGGCUUGGCCAAUCGAGGUUUAGGUAGUUUAGAAACAGCCCAAGACGAAAAAGUCGAUCAAGAAGUUAAAAUGCAAGCACUCUCGGAAGGAAAUCAAUUCUACGCUGGACUAACUGAACGUGCACGAGAAAAAGGUGUCAGCAUUUCUGUAAUUACAAUCAAAGGUACUGCAUGUCUACUUCCGGUGAUCGGACAGAUGGCUGACGGUACAAGUGGCAAUGUCACAAUCGUUGAUUUGUUGAAUAUUCGUGAUGAAUUUGCUUCUAUACUCGAACAAAAAGUUAUCGCCACCAAUGUCGAAGCUACUUUAAUUGUUCACCGCGGUUUGUAUAUACGCAAUCCUGAUAAUCCCGAUGACAAACUCGAAACUGUUAAACGCGACAUUGGUAAUGUAACUAAACAAACAGAAAUCACAUUUGAAUUCGGCAUACGCAGCAAACAAGAAUUGAAAGACAAAUGGAAUCUGGAUCUUGAUGAAUUGACACAACUACCAUUUCAAGUACAAGUUGUCUAUACAGCUGUUGAUGGCAGCAAGGCUCUACGUGUUCUAACACAAUUGAAAGAAACGACUGAAAAUCGUGAAGUAGCAGAAGUUAAUGCCUAUCGUGGUGUUAUCGCACAAAAUCAUAUUCGAAGUACCGCAGCAGAGAUGAUGGUGGAUUACGAUGAUGACGAAGACGACGAUGGCGCAUCACGUGUUCGUUCGAAAUGGUCGAAACCUAUCAUGCAAAAACAACGUAUGAACUAUAUGAGUAAUCUUAAUCGAAUGAAACAUGCUCAUAAAGAAUAUGAAGCACACGAUGGCUUCAAUGAAAACCGUUGGGAUAAAGCUAGUAACGCAUUACAGUCACAAGUUGUUUCAUCGAAAUGUCGAAAAAUGGCAGCUUCUCGAGGGGCAGUAAAACCAACUGAAAGUCCUUCGCUAUUCUCUCGAAUGUCACGCUUAAUCACUGGCCAAGGUUCAUCAACAAGCGAGCCUGCUGCUGCUGCACCACCGCCACCUCCAUCUCUAGCGUUGACUGCAGAAGGAGGAAAAGCCAAACGAAGUUACGGUUUUGCAACAACAAAUCUUGCACAUUACGAUGAUAAAAACUCCGAGGAUUUGUAUCGAUUCAAAAACCUAACAUCAGAAUAUAUGCGUGGAGCUAGUCCACCACGAGAAGAAGACAGGCGAUCGGGUGCAUCGGGCAGUGAUGAUGAACGAAAAGAUCCACGACGAUCAAAAGCCAAGAAGUAA